CUGAAGUUAUAAACUCAAACUUGAAGUAUUAAAUGAACUGAAGUUUUUUUAACUAUUGCUUUAGCAUACGGUUUCGUAUAGUUCUAAACUAUAACUGUAUAAAGUAUAAACUGAAUUACUGACGUUUUCUGCAUUAAUAGAGAGCAUUAUAGAGGGUAGUCAUACCUUACUAAUGUCCAAAAUUCACCUGAAUUACUCAACAUUCUAGAUUCAUCCGACAAAAUUCACUUAGGGGAUCGAUGAGCGUCUCACUUCUCUUGAGACCAGUUGGAGAUCAUUCUUUGAAGCCCCCCCGCCACCCCCUCCUCCUAGCCACCUCCUCCUGAACAGUAGAUAGUUGAUUACUUGUCCUCCGUUAGCUGCUAUACUUUGAUUGUUCUGUUGGAUGAAUGUAUAUUACACUAUCACACUAUCACUCCCUACUCUACUUUGUUGUUGUUUGAUUGUUUUGCAGCACAAAGUUUGCUUUUUGAUGAUACGCUGCGGUUUACAAAUUGACCCAGUUUCGUUCUGCACCGACCAACACCUUAGGGAAGUUUCCAUGACUCUAUCACUCGCUUGUUUGUAAUGUUGACUUGAGUUGAGAUGAGUACGCGUGACCCUUUUCAAGGGCUUACCCUUACCCCUUUGUGCAUAGUGUAUAUUUGGUUAUCAAGGGCUAUGCCAAAUUUUAAGUGUGUGGGAGUGAAUUGGGCAUUCGGGCAGUAGUUGUUACAUGAGAUUAAUUCUGUUAGCAUGCGCAGAUGUUAUUUGUAUAUUCAUAGGAAAGUCAUGUCAAAUUUUUGUAAAUUUUUUCUUUAAACUGUGUCUUUGUGAGCUGGCUAGAGUUUUGACUAUGCUUUUAGAACAUCUUUGAAGUGUUUAGGCUUAAAUUGCUUGCACUAUAAUCUACUUGUUGAGAGGAUGAAGGCACUAGUCACCCAUUGAAUUCAUAAAUCUUCCAUCUUACCUGAAUAAGUCCUUUAGGAGAAGCCACUUUGAGCCUGACCAUUUAUUCUUUACCCAAUUAAUUGAGCUCCAUAGCCAAAUGGCCUGUGUUUCCUUACCCGUGAACAUUUCUGACAAAGUCUUGGUGUUUAAGGAACUAGGGGAUUAAUUUGCUAAGUUUAGGGAGUUUUUGUAGGAGUCAUUUUUGGCACUGUUCCUAUGCCCCAAAUGGGGUAAGAGUAGUCACUGUUUAGGAAUUUGAUAUUUUCGAGGAUUGCAUUGUAGGCUUGGAUUCACCUGUUUAAAUGAACUUUAAUUGCUAAUUUUCCUUGGUGAGGCCGAGAUUAGAAUGGGGUAAUGUCUAGUAAAAAUCUGAAAAUUGAAAAAAUUAAUUAUAGCUAGACCUCUUACCUUGCGAAAAAGAGAAUGGGAGCCCCGGUCAAAAAGCGUAAGUGUUAGCACAAUAAGAUGAGACUUGGGUAUCUUUCGAAAGAAAUGGCGUUCUCGUGCCAACAUGACAAGGAAAACUGAACUUUAUUAAAUGAACUUGAAGGCUUUUUGCAAAAUUAGCAUUAGUCCUUCGCGUACUUCAAGUAUACGUCAAAGCACCAAUGUGCCGCGGCGGUUUAGCUUAGUUGUACACCAUGUCUACUCUUUGCAUAGGUCUAAAUGAUAGUUCCUAAUUGGUGGCCUACUGAGCUCCUUGAUCCCAAGAAUAGCCCCGAAAUUCCUGAAUGCAUUAAGUCUUUGUUAGGAUGUUCCGCACUCUCAAGAAAAGGGACUGUUUAUUUCUAACCAUUUACCAUUCACCAUUCACCACCGCCUUCACAAGUCCUUCUGAUCGGUAGCUAGUUUAUUAGUGUAUGCUGUCACUACUUUGAGGAUGUUCUGAAUAAUUUUGUCAAAUAUUUUAGCUAGAGUACAAAGAUGUAGUUUAAGGAGGAAUUUUCUUGGUUUAGUCUGUCUGUUCUGUGAACAUCCCUUUAACUACCUGUGCAUGCUAAUUGUUUUGAUUUCGUGUGGUGAUUAUCGUAAGUCCCGUUGUUCAGUUUGCUUGAGGACAGGCAAAAGCUUAACUUUGAGACAGUUUUAAACUUGUUUACAUACAGAAUUUGUUAUCUUCACUGUUUGGUUUAAUUCCGCAGUUAAAUUUUGAUUAUUUUCGGUUAUAAUUAGUUCGGGAUGUGUUUAGCUUUAUAUUCAGGUCACUCGCAGGUGCCCAUCAACUGCCCAAUGAGGUUUCAUAUUUAUCUAGUAAGUGGAAGUCAAAAGAGUUCUUUGUAAGAGCAUAAUGAUGCCAGUGAUAGCCUGAAUCUCCAGUUGGUGCCUUUCAAUGGGACAUAGUCCUACUAGAUAUUCAAGCUUCAAGAUCCUAAAGCUGUAGGGAAGGUUUUGGCAAGGCUUAUGGAGAGUGACGGUAUGGGACAAAAUUAGUGCCAAGCAAAUUUUAGAAAUUAUGCAACUAAAUCGUUUGCUGCCUUCCAGACACGAGCUCAAGUGAAUUGAGCGAAACUGUGAUACUGCAAUUGGAACUUAGAGCAAUAGUACUGGUUGCUAAAGUUGAUGUGGGUGUUGAAACGGUUUCCAAUGGCCAUAAACUGCCCCGAGAGAGUUCAUAUUUAUCUAGUAAGUGGAAGAGAAAGAAUUGUUUGUAAGGGCAUGAUGAUGGCAGUGAUAAUCUGCAGUUGGUUCCUUUCAACUGGACAAAGUCCUACUAGAAAUUGAAGCUUCGAGAUCCUGAAACUGUAGGGAAGGUUUUGGCAGAUGAAUAUGGAGAGUGAUGAUGGCACUGGUAAAAAUAUGUGCGAAUCAAAUUUUAGAAAUUUUGCAACAAAAUUGCUCGGUUACGUAUGCUUAUAAUGAGCACAGGGCAGAUGGAUUUCUGUGUUGUCUUAUUGGUCUAAGGUCACGGAGGAAUCAGAUGGGGCACUAUGAAGGUGGUUUUAAGAAUGGGUUUAUCGGAUUAAGUAAUUCAGUAUUUAACUUACGGACGCCUGAGGAGGUUGUCGCCAAAGCCGUAGCUACUAGCCAAGCCAAGAACAUCGCAGGAAACAGAGGAAGUCGCAGACUCGCAGGAAGAAGAGGAAGUCGCAGACUCGCAGGUCGCCCAUUCUCAGGUCCUGACUCCCGAUCUCUUCUUGUUUUUAUCAUUUUAAAUUUUAAUUUCUGUAUUUAUAUUUUUGUUAUUUUGACUUGUGACCUUGAUUUUUAUGUUUUAUCAAUUAACAUGUGAUACUUCUAUUUUAAAAUAAGAUUUCUAUGAUAUACUUCAGUUUUUGUUUAAUUACUUUUUAAAAUAAGAGUUCUACGUAUGAUAUACUUCAGUUUAUGUUUAAUUAGUUUUUUAUCCUAUGAUAUUUGAUUUUCUUAAAUAUUUUUACCUUGUGGCAUAAAACACUGGUGUAUGAUAUACUAUUUUAAAAUAACCUUGAAAUACAAAUCAAGAAAAUACUUUUAUGAUAUACAUAAAUACAUAUCAUGGUUAUAUAUAUUUUUAAAAUACACAACUUAUCCGAUUUUUGUUUUUAAAACAUUAGUAUUGAAGUAUAUCUGUAAAUGAACUGGUGAUAUAGGUCUGGUAGCAUGAUAUUAGUUUAAUAAAAAACUAUUAAACCAUUAAUUAUUACGAAGUAUAUGUUAUAAAAUCAUAAACUAUUAAAUAUUACUAAAAGUUGUUUUAUAUAUAAUUAUGUAUACAAAUAUGUAAUAUACAUAUUUUAACUUUCUGUUUUGAUUAUCUUUUUAUCAGUUUGUUGAAUGCUAAUUACAUAAUUGAACUUUCUGUUUUGAUUAAUUUUUUAUCAAUUGGUUGGAUGCUGGUUUUUUAGUUCAACUUUCUGUUUUGAUUAAUUUUUUAUCAAUUGGUUGGAUGCUGGUUUUUUAGUUCAACUUUGUGUUUUGAUUAAUUUUUUAUCAUUUCGUUGGAUGCUGAUUUUUUAGUUCAACUUUCUGUUUUGAUUAGUUUUUUAUUAGUUGGUUGGAUGCUAAUUUUUCACUUUUACGUACUAUAAAUAAUAAUAUUAAACUAUUUUUUAUAGACAAUAGUUAUGGCGGACGAGGACCAUGAAGGUGAAACCGUGUAUGAUCCAUCUAAAGAUCCUGCUAGAAGAGCAAAAUCUAAUGACCCGGGAUGGAAGCACGGAUUUUGGCCAGACUUGAACAACAAAGACAUAGUCCAAUGUUAGCACUGCAAUAAGCAAAUGCGUUCUGGCAUAAAGAGAUUAAAACAACAUUUAGCUGGCGGGUAUGGAGAUGUUGCUAAAUGUCCUCAUACGACAACAGAACUUAUGAGGGAGAUGCGAGAAUAUUUAAUGAAGAAAUCUAGGAGUAAACCGAUCAAUAUUGAAGAUGAUGGCGAUGAUGGCGAUGAGGAUGAUGUUGAAGUACCUUUGACUCAAGUAGAUACUUCAACUCCUCAACCGAGUUCUGGGACAGCAACCAAGAGAAAAAAUGCUGCCUCACAAUUCUUUAAUGUUCCGCCAAAAAUGCCCAAACAAAGCAAGUCAAUUGCCUCCAUCAUUCGCAAAACUCCUGAGGAGGUUGUUGAUGAAAGACAUAUGAAAGGCCCCACCCAAACUACAUUAGAACAAUGCACAAAAAGCAAGGAGGAGAAAGAGAGGGUCUUCGGGCACAUUUCUGAUUUUUUUUAUGAAAACGGCAUUCCUUUUAAUGCAGCAAACUCCAGAAGUUAUGAGAUCAUGGUUGAGUCCAUUGGGCAGUUUGGACCCGGACUUAAACCUCCUAGCUAUCAUGAGUUGCGGGUACCACUUCUUGAAAAAGCAAAGAAAAAAACAGAGAAGCUCAGAGAAAAACAUGAACUUGCUUGGAAGGAAUACGGGUGCACACUCAUGUCUGAUGGAUGGUCAGACCGAAGGAAUCGACACUUGAUUAAUUUCCUUGUCAAUAGUCCAGAAGGUACUUUUUUCCUAGACUCGGUUGAUGCAUCAGCAGAAUCUCAAGAUGCAACAUUGCUAGCAGGUUUGCUUGAGAAAAAAAUCGAAGAAGUUGGAAAAGACAAGGUGGUGCAAGUGGUGACAGAUAACGGCUCUAACUAUAAGGCUGCGGGAAAGCUUCUAGAGCACAAAAUACCCACGCUGUAUUGGACUCCAUGCGCUGCACAUUGUUUGGAUUUGAUGUUGGAGGAUAUCGGUAAAUUAGCUGAUUUCAAGCCCCACAUUAACAAGGCAAGACGUGUGACUACUUUCAUUUAUCGGCACACGAGAAUCCUCCAUUCAAUGAGACAAAAGACAGGUGGGAAGGAUCUUGUAAGACCUGGAGUUACUAGAUUUGCAACCGCGUUUCUCACUUUGCAAUCUCUAUAUAAACACAGAGAAGCAUUGAGAAAUCAAUUUAGCGGUCUGGAUUGGGUUAGAUCUAAAUUGGCUGCCACAGAAGCAGGGAUGAAAGUUAGAGAGAUUGUGUUUUCCACUAGAUUCUGGAGUGCAGUGGAAGAUUGCAUACGAGCUUCACAGCCGCUUUUAGUUGUCUUGAGGAUAGUUGAUGCUGAUGAGCAACCGGCUAUGCCAGAGCUUUCACUAGCCAUGGAUUGUGCCAAGGAAAAAAUCAACGAGGCAUUUGAAAAUAAGGCUAGGGUUUUGAGAAGCCUAAUUGGGAUCAUUGAGACACGAUGGGAAGUCCAGAUGGAGGUCAAAUUAUACGGGGCAGCUUUGUUUUUAAAUCCAUCUAAAUAUUUUGAUCUCAAACAAACGAAUCCUACAUCAGCAUCAAGGCAACGAUCAAUGUUUAACGAUGUGCUUGAAAAGAUGGUCACGGAUGAAACAUUGCAGGCCAAGAUAAGUGAUCAAGCGACAGAUUAUGACAAAUUGAGAGGAAGUUUUGCAAAGCAGCUCGCUAUUAAGCAACAAAAAUCUAAGAGUCCUCUUGAUUGGUGGGAUGCUUUUGGUGGACUCGCUGUUGAGCUGCAAUCGUUCGCAAAACGCAUAGUUGGUCUCUGUUGUACCUCUUCUGGCUGUGAGCGUAAUUGGAGCACUUUUGAGUUUAUUCAUACCAAAAAAAGAAACAGGUUGGAGCAUAAGAGGUUGAAUGACUUGGUUUUUAUUCAGUAUAAUCGGAAGAUAGCAACCAGAUUUCAGAAGCGGCGUGAAGAAGGAAAAAACUUCAACCCUUUAAUAUUUGAAGAUUUCCAAUGGAACAAUGAGUGGGUGAGUAAUGAAGUUGUUCAUCCGGGUGAUGAUCUUCUAUGGAGUCAAGUUGAUGAAGCUCUGGGUGCAUCAAGCAGUCUUCAAGGUCGUAAUCUUCCUAGAACUAGUAGCUCUCGUGGAGAAUCAGUUUAUUAUCGACGCCGUGGUUCAAACUCUUCAAAUUCUUCAUUAAGGUUGAUUGAUGAAGACAUGAACGAUGAAGAAGAAAGUUUUCCAAAUGAUGAUGAAGAUGUUGAAGAUGACUAUGGUCAAACACCACCCACUUCUACUCAUGAUGAUGAAGAUCAGGGAAAUGAAGGCCGUAGAGAUGAUUUAGUCCUUGAUGAUUUUUGAGAACUGAGAACUUAGUAGUUUGAUCUUUACGCUGCUUAUUUGAGAUAUACAUUUUUAAUCUUAAUUCCCAUUAAUAAACCUUGUUUUUAAUUAUUAAUUGUGGAUUUCAAUUCUAAGUUAUAUACAUUUUAGUUAAUAAUAUAGUAUACAUAAUAUAUAA